GGCGCGGAGCGGACCCCCCCGGCAUCCCCGGGCACCUCCUGCGUCCGGAGGGCGAGGAAGAAAACGAGAAGGGGGACGAUUCUGUGCUGGAGGGACGGAGAGAAAGAGGGGAUUUGCGUCCCGUCCCGCGGCCGGAGAGGGGCCGUCAUGGGCGGAGGGGCUGCGAGGAGGAGCCCCCCGAGGAGGAGCCCCCCGAGGAGGACCCCCCCGGCGCUGCUGGGGCUGCUGCUGGGGCUGUGCGGCUGUGCGGCUGCGCUGCGAGGAAAUGAGAACAGUGAAGCCCUUCCAGAGUCUAUCCCAUCUGCUCCUGGAACGCUGCCUCAUUUUAUGGAGGAACCAGAUGAUGCCUACAUUAUAAAAAGCAACCCCAUUGUCUUACGCUGCAAAGCCAUGCCAGCUAUGCAGAUCUUCUUCAAGUGCAACGGUGAAUGGGUCCAUCAAAACGAGCAUGUGUCAGAGGAAAGCAUGGACGAGACCACAGGACUGAAAGUUCGGGAGGUGUUCAUCAACGUGACGAGGCAGCAGGUGGAAGAUUUCCAUGGGCCGGAAGAUUACUGGUGUCAAUGUGUUGCAUGGAGCCACCUGGGGACCUCCAAGAGCAGGAAGGCAUCUGUCCGCAUAGCCUAUUUACGGAAGAACUUUGAGCAAGACCCCCAAGGGAAGGAGGUUCCUAUUGAAGGGAUGAUCGUCCUGCACUGCCGGCCGCCCGAGGGAGUCCCUGCUGCCGAGGUGGAAUGGCUAAAGAAUGAGGAGCCCAUCGAUUCCAACCUGGAUGAGAACAUUGACACCAGAGCAGACCACAACCUCAUCAUUCGGCAGGCGCGGCUGUCAGACUCUGGGAACUACACCUGCAUGGCAGCCAACAUCGUGGCCAAGAGAAGGAGCAUGUCUGCAACGGUGGUGGUGUACGUCAAUGGAGGAUGGUCAUCGUGGACCGAGUGGUCAAACUGCAACGCACGGUGUGGCCGGGGCUGGCAGAAGCGAUCGCGGACCUGUACCAACCCUGCCCCGCUCAACGGAGGGGCGUUCUGCGAGGGAAUGUCCGUGCAGAAAAUCACCUGCACUUCUCUCUGCCCUGUGGACGGAAACUGGGAGGUGUGGAGCGAGUGGUCUGUGUGCAGCCCGGAGUGCGAGCAUUUGAGAGUUCGGGAAUGUAUCGCACCGCCUCCAAGGAACGGUGGGAAGUACUGCGAGGGCUUGAGCCAGGAGUCGGAGAACUGCACGGAAGGGCUUUGCAUUCAAGAUAAAAAACCUCUUCAUGAAAUAAAAUCCCAAAACAUUGAGACUGCCAGCGACAUUGCCUUGUACUCCGGCCUGGGAGCAGCAGUCAUUGCUGUAGCGGUGCUGGCGGUUGGCGUUACUCUUUACAGACGGAGUCAGAGUGAGUACGGCGUGGAUGUGAUUGAUUCAUCUGCACUGACAGGAGGCUUCCAGACAUUUAAUUUUAAAACAGUCAGACAAGGUAACUCCCUGCUGUUGAACUCCUCCAUGCAGCCUGACCUGACGGUGAGCAGGACGUACAGCGGGCCGAUCUGCCUGCAGGAUCCCAUGGACAAGGAGCUCAUGACAGAGUCAUCACUCUUCAACCCACUGUCAGACAUCAAAGUCAAAGUGCAGAGUUCGUUCAUGGUGUCCCUAGGGGUGACCGAGAGGGCUGAAUAUCAUGGAAAGGCACAUUCCGGAACUUUUCCUCAUGGGAACAGAGCUUUUGGUACAAUACAGGCUAGGAAUAAGGCUACGUACAUUCAGAACCUGUCUUCUAUUUCAACAAAAAGUGAGCUGAAGACAACUGCCAUUUUUGGACACCUGGGUGGCCGUUUAGUGGUUCCAAACACAGGAGUCAGUUUGCUGAUACCACAUGGAGCUAUUCCUGAGGAGAGUUCUUGGGAAAUCUAUCUUGCCAUCACUCAAAAGGAGUCCAGCCUACAGCCAGAAGGCACAGACGUUCUUCUAGGACCAGAAGUAACUUGUGGGCCCUCAGAUUUGUCUGUCAGCACGCCGUUUGCCUUGACGAUACCGCACUGCGCAGAAGUCAACUCAGAGCACUGGAACAUUCACUUGAAAAAAAGGACACAGCAAGGGAAGUGGGAGGAAGUGAUGUCUGUGGAAGAGGAAACUACUUCUUGCUACUGCCUGUUGGAUCCUUAUGCCUGUCACAUUCUCUUAAACAGCUUUGGAACUUAUGCUCUUAUUGGAGAACCCAUCUCUGACUGUGCCGUCCGACAGCUGAAAGUCGCCGUUUUUGGCUGCCUGUCUUGCAAUUCUCUGGAUUACAAUCUGAGAGUAUAUUGUAUGGAUAACACCCCUUGUGCGUUUCAGGAGGUGGUUUCGGAUGAAAGACUCCAAGGAGGACAAUUACUGGAGGAACCAAAACUCUUGCACUUCAAAGGGAACACCUUCAGUCUUCAGAUAUCUGUCCUGGACAUCCCUCCGUUCCUUUGGAGAAUCAAACCAUUUACUGCAUGUCAGGAAGUCCCAUUCUCCCGUGUGUGGUGCAGCAGCCCGAAGCCGCUGCUCUGUGCCUUUUCCCUGGAGCGCUACACUCCCGCCACUACCCAGCUCUCCUGCAAGGUCUGUGUCCGGCAAGUCAAGGGCCACGAGCAAAUCCUGCAGAUUCAGACAUCCAUUCUAGAGAAUGAAAGAGAAACCAUCACUUUCUUUGCACACGAUGACAGCAGCUUCCCCGCACAGAUGGGUCCAAAAGCUUUCAAAAUCCCCUACUCCAUCAGACAAAGAAUCUGUGCAACGUUCGACACACCCAACGCCAAAGGCAAAGACUGGCAGAUGUUAGCACAAAAAAACAGCAUUAACAGGAAUCUCUCCUAUUUUGCUACACAAAGCAGCCCAUCUGCCGUCAUCCUGGACCUCUGGGAAGCCCGACAUCAGCACGAUGGUGACCUUGACUCCCUAGCCUGCGCCCUGGAAGAAAUAGGAAGGACACACUCCAAAAUCUCAGACAUAACAGAAACUGAGAUUGAGGAGCCUGACUUCAACUACAGCAGACAGAAUGGACUUUAGCCGCUUUUUUCCACUCCAGAACUGAUGGCCAGCUUUGACUAUUCCACUAGGGAUUCCCUUUGGCAGGGAGGAAGUGAGGGUUUCUGCACACUGUGUGUAUGACAACAGACACACGAGCCCACAAUGCGGUUUUCAGUUGGAGGAGCAGAAGCAGCCCUAUUAAAAGUCAUCUCGGUAAUAAGGAAAACACGAGCUUCUCCCUGUCCUCUCUCAUUUAAAAUUCAUGGUUUAAUGUCAGAAACCAAAACCACACAUCUAUCAUUCCUGGGGCGGGAAGGAGUGAGAUACAGAGCCAUACAAGGUUGAUAUUAUGACAUAAUGUAUUUUGGAAACAGUAAAGCUAAUAGGAUGCCUAGUGAAAACCAGCAAAUACGAAAUGGAAUAUUUAGAGCCACUAGAGGUUAAUCCUAGUUGAAAGGUUUGUCUUCUCGGGGCCUGGGGUCCCCCGUGUCCUGCAUCUCUAAUUACCACACUCAGAGAAUGGGUUUAAAAAGCUGUUUGAGAGCAUCACGUUGUCACAUCCUAUCUGCUAUACGAAAAUGGAAGAUCCGGCCUUACCCUGUUCAGAUGUUUGAGGAAUUGAAGAGCUCAUAACUAUUUAAUUGAAUCCAUGUGCAUUCCAAACAAUUGAUUUUAAAACUCCAGCCCCUUAAUGAACGUCCAUUUGCUGCAGAGCUCUCCUGCCUGCUCCCUUCACAAAACAACGGAGAGAACCCCAUCUCUGGGAAAUCAGAGUGCGCGCCUGGGCGAGAGAUGUUUUCUAACAUUCUCAGUCUGCGAACUUGCACUUAGGCAAAGAAUGUUUCUUUUGGGGGGAUUUAAAUGACCAAAUAAAGUGCAGGGAAUCGCCAGCCCCAGUUUAGUAAGUUUACACUGGGUUUUUUUCUUAUUAUAUCUCUUCUAAACUAAAAGGAAAGGUGAAGCCAACCAGCACAGCUUAAUUUUGGUUUAGUUUCAGAUUGAAACAAUAAAUCUCACAUGGAACUGCCAAAAAUCGGCUUGAUUUCAUUGCACAAUCUGGAAAUGUUGCAGGAUAUAAAGCUGGCUGUGUUACUCGUGGUUUGGUUACAAACAUGUUGCGUUAAUACCAAAACCUGAUUGAGGCAGAGAAUUCUCAUUCUUUAUCCAUUUCAUACAAAAAUAAUUUAUUACGUCAACUGAACCAAAAAGAGAGCUGUCACUGUGAGCGAGCAUCCUAGUGGAACCGGUACUGAGCCAAAUCUAACCAUUAUUUUUGCUCAUGUAUUGUUUUAAAUAUUUUAAAAUAUUGUCCUGGGCUGUCAGCUUUGGUGACAGGAACACAGUCGGUGUAAAGCAGGAACAGAAACAAGACAUUACGAUCUUUAUGGAAAUGCAAGAAAUGAAAAAAAACAAGAAUUCUUGGGUUUUAUUACCCCAAUAUUUGUCUGAAAGCAGCUUGACAAACCCCCAGGGCAGGUACUGAGUGUGCAGCCUGUGAUAGACUCUCUUUACCCAGUUCUGAAGGGUACGAUGAGCAACUCUCGAUGUUAGACUUUGCUUGUUCUCACUGAUCCAGAACCGCAAAUCCCACUGCUGUCGCAGCUCAGCAAGAGUCACGGACUUGUAAACACUCAGACUUCCCCAAACAUUUUCUGCCCCUGAGUAUCUCAUGCAGCCUGACGUGAGGGUUGGUGUUUGCGAUGGGAACUCAUCGUGGCUGUGAGCAUAUUUAAGACUGAGACAAAAAUACCAGCGUGUUUGGCAGCAAGCUGUCAGUGUUUUCAGCAGCACAUGGUUCUCUCUGUGUUUGAGUUAUAUUUCUAGUGACUCCCAGUCCUCCUCCUCAGAAAGCUGUUCUUCAUUGGACAAAAUGUCAAGAAUUAAAAAGAAAUAGGGAAUGGCAUCCGCAGAGAAGCGGUGGAGUUUGUCACUGAGCUGUCGUUGUCUGGGAAACCAGCUCCAGGCACUCGCCAGCAGUUAAUUUGUUCUUUGCUCCUCCUCAGAUGCAGUUUUAAUUUUCAAGCUAACAACCACAGCAAAGACUGAAGUACUGACCUGAACACAUCCGUGUCAUCUCAAAGACAUACCUGUUUUCUCCUCUUGUUUUCCCACUACAUGCAAGCUACACACAGCGUAUGGGGCCAGAAAGAGCUGCUACAGGGAGCUCAAACCGUAAAGCUUUUUCUCAGGAAAUACACAGCAUUUACUUUCAGAGCCUGGGUGGCUCUGACAAACCUUGGUGUCCAGCUACACCCAACUGCCUACUGAGCACUCAGUAAAGCCAAGAGAGGAGCCAGCAGCUGUCUGGAGGGACUGCCUGCAGAGUGCCUCUAAAAGGGCCUCGGGCUGAAGGGAACUGGCAGUCAUUAUCUACCAUUAUAUUAUAUAUCAUUAUCCAUGUGCCAAUCCAAGUCAGGCCAAAAUCCAACCAAGUCCUGUCUCUGAGUUAACGUGCUGAAAAGGAGCAAAUGUCAAAGUUUCUUACAAUGCCAGAAAAGAAAUCAUUCACUUUUGAGCUGGAGGUGAGAUUUUAAUUUUACACUGCUAGUAGAGAAUUAUUUUCUCCCUAAGUUUUGUUUCCUGGCUUUUCUCCACUUUUGCUAAAGCUGCUGCUUUGUCACUGAUCUUGCUUUCGUGAAUCCAGACCAAGAACUCUGCCUUUUUCUAACCUCUUAUUGUUUUGAUGCCCUUGCAACGUUUAAGUGGACUGGAAAUGUCACAAUUCUCCUUAUUUCCCUUUUCUCCCACUGGAAUGGGGCUUGGAACAGCAACCGAACCGCUGGCCUACACGUGUUACGUGAGCUUCUCUACCCGUACAGCCGAGUCUUACACGAGCUGCUGUCCUUCGUCAGGUGAAGCUCUGGGCAGUGACCAGGAUUCAAAGUUUAGGGAAGGAGAACCGUGCCCUGUACUAAAAGAUUUCCUUGGCAGGGGGUGCAUCCGGACCACCGUGUCUUAGAAUCAUUGACUGUCCUUCAACCGAUCACCUCAUCCCUUCAGAACCCACUGAAACACUUGGCCUUCGUGAACACGAUCAAGUGCCACGAUCAUCUGUUGUGUGUUUUAAACAGCCCUUCCUUUCCAAGCUUUCCUUUGCUUUAAGAUGUGCUCCCUAAUGACUACGCCGGGUUCUCCUGCGGCUGUGGGAUAAGGAAUACUGACAAACUGCUACCCAUCACCUUGCCCGUAUUGCCCAUUCUUGUACAGGCUUCUCUUGUUUCAUUUCUGCUCACACUCGUCUAGGCUGAAAACCACCAGUUUAUUCUACUUCUUUGAACAUCCUUGCCGUUAUUCUCUGUGUCAUCUCUAGUUCUGUAUCUCUUUGGAGAUGGAGUGACCAAUAACCUUUUCAAAAGGAACGCUAAGUCGUGCAUUUCCCCCAUUUCCUGCUGUUCCCACGUUCAGCAUCAAUCACAGAGGAUUAAGGUCUUGCUGUAGUGUAAAGCCACAAGAAACGCCUGCGAGAGAGCGCAGGACACCUAAGAUUACAGGAAGCACUUUACCAUGCAAAUUGCUCAAACUAAUACAUCCUGCACAGAAAAUAAAACCUGCGUAGAUGAGAAAAAUAAAAGGACUGAGAUGCCGGGGAAAACAGCCAAAUCACUUAAGAAGCAUGAAAAGGAAAUUAUUUCUUCUCAGUGGUAAUGAUGGAUAUUGGUAGACAGGAACUGGACAAGAAUAACUUAAGUUAGACUUCUGAGUGGAAAAUAGGCUGUGCUUUAUUCCUCUUCCCUUUCCCCACACCUCAGCCGCGGUUACCUGCGAGGGCUAUUGCAGCCCAGCCUGGGCGCUCUCUUCCUGCUGCUUUGUUGUAGCAUCACCAGAUGAUUUUAAUAGCACUCAGCACUUUUAGGUAUAACAGCUUACGCCAGCUCUCCUCCCUCUCUUAUGCCCAGUCCCCACUGUAGAGACGGAGAAAUUAGAACAGUUCUUGGGUGAAUGUUGAAAUUAAACCAGUUUUUAGGUGAAUGUUUCUGCUGCCAUAUAAGUGAGGCAGCCAGGUGGAUUUUGUUACCACUAACAAACAGCUGAACCAUACCACUGAAAGAUGGCAAAUGUUGGCUUUCUAUUUACUUUUUCCUUUUGUCCUCUCCCCCACAAACCUGCUUGGCAAUGCCCGAUUCUCUCAGAAUGACAAUGUUGCAUUUGUAUGCCGAUGCUAUAUCAACAGAGAGGGGGAAUGUUGGUAGCAAUGUUAAAAUUCCAGAAACACAUUUUUAACAUUUAUGUUUAAAGAGCUUUUGGCAAUCUGUAUACAAAUAGAUAGGAUUUGAUCCAAAAUCCAGAUAUAAAGGAGCAUCUGAAGCAGGAUCAGAGGCCAGAAAUUAGAAAUUCAUUCUUUUCCUCUAUUUUAUGAGUUAUGACUUUUGAAAAAAAAAAUAUUUUUUAAAAUCUCUUCACAAUUUAGAAAGUGAAAGAAAGAGAAACUUAAGGUGACACCGUUCAGAUCCCACCUGGCUGCCCCAAGCCUGGUGAAAUAGCCACUGUGGUUUUACAUCACCCAGGAAUCUGCUCUGGUCUAUUUUCAUCUUCCUAAGCACUUUUCCCAGAUAUUUUUGUGCUGUGAGUCAUUUCAGACUAAUAGUUGCAUUUUUAAAAGGAGUUAGGGCUCUGUCAGCGGCGCCGAGCGCGUCACAGCCCGCAGCUCCGCCAGCUCGCUUACAGCUUCGACAACAGUAUUUUACGCAGUCUGACUGCUUUACAUUCAAAUCCUUUAAGCCACAGGGAAAGGAACCCCGCACUGGAGAUUGAAAUUCAUUUACCAGCGCAAGUUCCAUAAAGCCCGAUGUUCUCCCGUAAAAACGGCUUUUUGUAACAGAUUAAAAGAUAUCAGUGCAAUUCUCUGAAAAUAUGGGGAGGUGGUUUUGUCAUUCCUUUUCUGCCCUGGUCUCCCCUCCAGGCCUGGGCUCGGGUCGCUUCCAGCAGGUUAAGAGAAGCGUAUUCAGCGUAAAUCACUGGAACGGGGAUCCUGUCACAGCACCGCACGCUGUUAACGUCCCACUAAAGGUCCCUUCGGGUGGUUUUUUCCACUGGAAAGAACACACUAUGUGAGAGUUUAAAACAUUCAAUAACUGAUUAAUUCCAGAUAAUAUUUUCCACUACAAAAAGUGCAGCUUAAGUGUGCAGCGAAGCCAAAACUAGUGAGGAACCGGUGUGGACUUGUGUUCCUGGUGGGUUUAUUUUUCUCAGUCUGCUUCUGCCUGCAGAACGCAGAGUUAAGCCAAAACGGCUGCGUCAUCUCCUGGACAGUAACAAACAGACUGGAAACCAGGAGAUUCUAAGUCCUUAACAACCAUGAGUGGGCUGAGAUUUGUCUUUCUAGCCUUUCUGUUCCUAUUUUCAGUUAUACCUGGGAGGUUCUCCCACCAGCGACAGUUGACAUUAUUCACUGAGAACCUUUUUCCUGUUAAAGCUGCUGAAGGGUGUUUUCUAGGGGCUGUUCCUUCGUGGUACAUGCUUUGGUAAAAUUACUUCCUUGGCACUAUUCCACUUCAGAAGAGGCGGGCGGGGUUUCCACAGCAGUGUGUAAAAUGGCACAUCUGUCCUUUCCCGGAUCUCUCACGAUUGCCUAGUUAAAAUCUCUUAAAAUGUAAAGGAUUCCUAAGCAAAGACGAUAACUUAAAAUACUGAGUAUAUAACACACACCCUCUGUAGCAACAGAUAAAACUCAAUAUGCUGGCGAACGAUCAUGAAUCACUUCCUAGUAGCUCACCGUCCAGCUCUUUUCUCUCGUUGCCAAUGUGAGAAUAAACGCUAGCAAAAAAUCUCCUUUCCAACAUGGACAAAACUAAAUAAAUCUCUCUGAGAUUAAAGAACCACCUAGAGAAUCGUUGGAUAGUAAAAGCGUUCGCAAUGCAGAAAACAGAACUGAUGUUCUACUCGUUGCCGCAAGUAAAAGGAAAAUCUGUCGGUGUCCAUGUUCACUGUUAUGUCCAAAAAUAAAACACACAUCUGGGACUUUGCCACUCUAUUUUUUAUAUUAGAGGUGAAUAGUACAGAUUCUACUCGUGUUUCUUGUCUGGGGCUCGGGUGGGUAGGGGUGUAUUGUAAUUUUUCAAGCUAUUUGCAAAAGCUGCUUUUAAAUAAGCUGUUGAGUUGUCUUGACUAACUGGUUUGUGCUUUACGAGGGAAUCCAGGUGAGCCGGAUUCGAUGGGUAGCCGCCUCGCCUCGCCGUCACAGGGUAACUAGAGCUGAAGUCACUUGUGAAAAUUUAGCUAAGGGACAGGGAGAUUAGCUGCCCCGUCCCUGGUCUGUGCUGUAGUGUGCUGUAAUCUACUGAGAUUAGACACUCACCUACCGUAGAACCGUGGUUGUGUCAGCGGCUCCGUAGUUCGUCUGCCCCUGGUGUGAUAAACUUGGUUGAGAGUGUACUUCUGCAGAGUUAAGAAGAUGUCAACCCCCUGUGUUAUCUGGUCUCUGUAUAUAAAUCUUGUCUUAUCCCAAAAGGGAACGUGUAGCCCAAAAAUGAAGUUGAGGGUGUUCUGCGCCAAGCCUGGGUGAAGUUCUUUCUGGUACAGCAGGGGGAAGGCGUGGAUCUAACAGCAAGGGUGUUUGCCUCAGAAAACAAGAAUGUCUUGACGAACCCUGACUUAGAACUGACUGAAGCUUUGGGUUUGCAGUUUAAAAAAUGUACAAUCUGGUAUUUCCCGUACUGAAAUUUGGAAUAUUAACCCUAUGGUGAUGAUAUCUUUUCAGGCUGUUCCCCCGUUUGUGCACCAAAGGUGGAGGGGGAGGGAGGAGUAUUUUUAUAUGAAGCUGUAGAUCUUUGCAUUCUUUCCACUUUCAGUCUAAAACCCAGAUCCCGUUCCCGUUACCGCACCUCGCGGCGCUCCGUGCUGUGGGGGAGUUCACAAGGAAGCAGUACACGCACACAAAUCUCUGUGUCGAAAGGGGAGGCGGCGUAUCCAUCCUCCUGGGGUAUAUCGGUAACAGCAAACCGACAUCGUAUGAUUUGUAACUUGGGAGACGUAGCUGCCUCCUCCCUCCUCUGAGUGAAAUCCAUGCCCACUGUGGCUGCUGAUCUCGGUUUGUGCCUGGGUACAAACACGGUACGUGUACACCUUCUGUUAAUUCGGAUUAAGCACAGUGGGAUGCUGGUCAGUCUGGCGAGACUUUACGCAGCGUUAUGCGCAACUCGAGCAAAUUGAAAAAUAGCCAUUGCAUUUGGGCUUUCAAAUCUUUUGACCAGCCUUUUGGUGAAAAGAGGAGGGGGAACAUCAGGCUAAUCAAACAAAAUAUAAAUAAUCAUUUUUUAAGAAAGAGAAAACCACAAGUGUUCCCCUAAAGACCUAUUUUCUCUUCUGCUCCUUUGUUUUUGCAACAAAUAGGUUCUAAAAAUGUUGGUUCUUGCUCGUUUGAGCAUUCUUCCCCCCCCCGGCUUCUCCCCAUGGUUUCAGUGUGUUUAGAACUGAAAGAAGAGCAGAGUUUUGAAUGCUUUCUUUCAUAUGAAGCUGAAGGAGUAGGGAAGAGAGGCCGAAGAACGUUAAAUAAAAAGCAUGGCCUUGGCUUCAUAUCACACUUUCUGUGCCUUGUUCUAUCAAUGUAAAUUCUGAAUGUUGUACAGUAAAAUACUUGGGAAAGACUCCUUGGAAAAGGCUGCACUGGCUUCUUUUUUCAGCACAUGUACAUAUAUAAAUAUAUAUACAUAUAUAUAUAUAUUUGGUAAUGCCAAACAGCUGUGUUAUAUUGUACUGAAAAAGUAAUAAUGGACAGUUUGGAUGUUUUAUGUAGAGUUUGCAAAACUUGUAUGGCUCUAGCCUUUUGAAGAUAAAUGUACAG